AUGGCACAAAGUAUAAAUAGGAUAUUUAAUAUGACAAUGACAAUUAGAAAUCUUCUGGGGUCAUCACGUUUUAUCACUUCUGUGAGAUUAUUACAAAAUUCUCACAACAAUUUCAUAUCAGAAAAAGGCACUAGUAAUAUAUUGCAACCACAACCAUCGGAGUUCACAGAAAUGUCAGACAUAAUGAAGCAAAGAAACCAAUUUAAAUGGUGCGUGUCUAGUUCACAAGUUUUUGAAAUGGUAAAUAAUAGCAAGAGUAUCUCUGGACACGAAGCGGUUAAUGCUCUAAAAGCGUUAUGUAGGAUUGAUAAAGAGAACAAAGGGUGUAUCGAAUCAAUUAAAAAGAAAAAAGAGUUUAUAGCAUUGUGCGAAGUAAUAAAGAAAAAUUUGCGGGGAUUAUCAGAAGGAAAUGUCAUUGAUGCUCUUAAAGUACUAUUGCAUUUUGAUGUACCAGUAACAUCUAUUAUCGUAGAAUCAUUGCUUCAAAUGAUACGUCAGUCAUUGAAUAGCCUGACGUUAGAGCAGAUGAGUUUUUUACACUAUUUAUUGACAAGAGUAAAAGUUAAAACUCCACUAGUUGAAACUUUGAAACUGGCACUACCAAUUGUAUUUGAGGUUCAAAUAAAAACAAAACUUGACACUGAAAAUAUUGACGCAAUGGUAAAUGCUCUAAAGUUUCUAUAUUUAUUGAGUGGUAAUAAUAAUAACGAGGCAAUAAAUUAUGUUAUGAAUUCUCUCAAAGAGCGUAGUGAUUUCAAACUUAAGCAUCCUGACCAUGCUGUAGAUAUCCUAAUAACUCUAUAUAAUAUAAAGGAUAGCAAAAAAUAUUCUGAGUUCAGUGAAAAACUCCAACAAAUAAUUAUUCAAAACGUAGACGAUAUUGAUCUUUCAAGAUUAGAAUUUAUUAUACGUAAAAUGGCACUAAAAAUUAAAUAUUCAGAUCACGAUGUUUAUAACGAAGCAUUAAUAGAAUCAAUUAUCCAAACGGUAAUAUCAAAAAAUGUGAAAGUUGAUUUAGCCUUAAACAUUUUGGGGAGUUUGAAUAAAAUAAGAUUUGUGUCAACAUCAUUGUUGGAUUACGUUGCCGCUAAAUGUUAUGAAGAUAAUUCUAUAAUUAAUAAAUUAAAUCAAUUUCAAAUACUAGAUAUGUUAUGUGCGAUGUCAUUAGCUGACUACAAACCCAUUUUUUGGGACUCACUGAAAGAUUUGUUGUUAAACGAAAAACUUCUUCAGUUUAAACAUUCUGUGAUGGUUAAAACAGCGUUAUUUUUAGCCUCAUUGGAUUAUUAUUGGCCAGAAUUAAUAAAUCGAAUAUUUGAAGAUGAAAAUUGUCGUAGUAAAAAUAUAGCAACGGAGGCUUUCUUUGAAAUUGGAGGAAACCUUUUGCUAUUACAUCACGCAGUAUCAAAUUUUAGUCCCGAUUAUACGGGAAAAUUAUUAUCUGAUGAUAUUCUCGAAGCAUUUAGAAAUACUCGGACACCACCACGAAAUAAUUAUCAAUUGAAAUCAGCGCUCGAAUUAUCUCUCGGUGGUCCACAGUAUAUUAAAACUCAUGUUGAGACUGAAUUCAAACUUUGUAUCGGAAUUGGGCUGCUGAGGAUUAAGCUGUUAAAAUCCAAGCUAAAUUAUACAGUUAUUCCAGUUAUAUCAUCUAUGUGGGAUAAUUUUACUAACUUGGAAAAAUCACGAUACAUUUCGCAAGCAAUCAAGCUCAAAAGUGAUAAAUUAUCAGCGAGUAUCAACUCUUAA